AUGUCAAAUCGUUGGAGUGUCCUUGCUUUGAUACUCGUCGUUUGUUGUCUAUCUCACUUGACUGAAUGUCUGGCGUCAUCAACGCCAAGAAAAGAGAGGGAUGCCUUGAGCUCUGAUAUAUGCAGUACUCUUGCAAACCAGUUUCCAGGAAAGGUCGAGCUGCCUACAGACGCCGAGUACGCUUCAAACUUAUUGACUUACUACUCCGAGCAAGAGCAAAAAGUUCAUCCGGCUUGCAUCAUUUCUCCAAACAGCACGCUGGAAGUGUCAGCGAUCAUCAACAGCAUCCGAGAGCACAACGCCACCUUUGCCAUUCGAAGUGGCGGCCAUGCUCUGAAUGCUGGAGCAGCCAACAUUGAGAACGGUGUUACUAUCAAUCUUCGGGCCAUGAACGCUCUUACAACCGACGCUGCAGGUGCUCGAGUUUACAUUGGACCUGGUCUUAAGUGGACAGAAAUCUAUGCAAGGCUAGAUCGUCUGGGUCUGGUAAUACCUGGUGGAAGAGAUGGAGAUGUUGGUGUAGGUGGCCUUCUCACAGGAGGUGGUAUCUCUUUCUUCAGUGGGCGGUUUGGUUGGGCUUGUGACAGUGUCGACAAUUUUGAGGUCGUCGUUGCCAGUGGGGCCAUCAUCAAUGCCAACGCCUAUGAGAACAGUGACUUAUUUCAAGCACUGAAGGGCGGCUCAAACAAUUUUGGCAUUGUUACCCGUUUCGACGUCAGAGCAUUUCCUCUGAAGGAAUUUUAUGGUGGCCAAAUUAUUACGCCUGAAAUUCCGGGGGUACCAUCCACGGUGCCGGGAAAGAUUAAAGGGUUUGCCGAUCUUCUCGCCAACAGAGACCCAUAUGCUGCAGUCAUUCUCAACUUCGGAUGGACUCCUCAAGUCACAUUUGUUAGCACUGUUCUUCAGUAUACCAAACCAGGCGUCGUUGAUCCACCUGUUUUUGCACCAUUCACACAUGCUCCAGAUCCCGUCCAUCUAAUUGACUCUGUGAGAGUAGCAAACUUAUCUUCGUUUGCAGCAGAGCUUUCUGCGAGUCCUGGAUAUGGCUCGAAGUAUCAAUGGGCAACAUCGACUUUCACGGGAGACGAAGCUAUGAUCAUAACCGCUCACAAACUCUGGAAUGCCUCAAUUUCCGCCCUUCCUCCCGGAACCAAAGCAAACUGGUUCGCGGGCGUCCAACUAUUUCCAGUCACCGCCUCUCAGCCUAACGCCUUUGGCAUUCCCAACAGCUCAGAAUCCUCCAAACUAGCAGUAUUCCUCCUCAUCUACUUCGGGUACUCAGCUGAAGAAGAAGCUGCUAUCACAAAAAUCGCGCAAAAACUCAUCGCAGAUAUCGAGGCGGCAGCGAAGAAGGCAGGAAAGUAUAAUGCAUUUAAGUACUUGAAUUACGCUGCAUAUUGGCAGGAUCCGAUUUCAGCGUAUGGAAAUCUGGCGGCGAUGAGGGAGGUUAGUAAGGUUUACGAUCCUAGUGGACUCUUUCAAAAGAAUUGUCCUGGUGGGUUUAAGAUUCCGGUUUUGUAA